CUCUUGCUGCCCUGCCACCGCCAGUGCGGAAGGUCCCGCCGCCAAGCACGCCAUGGCCGGCCGCCCCCAGCCCGCCGCAGGGCCCGCCGCGGCCGUCAGACCCCAGCCCGCCGAGCCCGGCCGCCCCCCGCCCGCCGCCGCUGCCAGCAACUCUGAACCUCCACUGAUGCAUGAUAACCCAGAGCACCAAGGCAGCAGCACAGAGAGUUCGGCAACCAGUUUGGGAAGCUCUGUCACAGCAUGUAAGAAGAUUCUCUGCAGUAACAGUCUGCUAGAAUCAACAGACUACUGGCUGCAGAACCAGAGGACACCAUGCCAAAUUGGCUUUCUGGAAGACAAGUCAGAAAGCAACUGUGCCUCAGUGUGUUUUGUGAAUUUAGACGCAAACAGAGGUGAUUGCAGCGAUGAGAAAGUGAAGCAGAGGCUGAUCAGCAUCUCUCCAAACCUCCCCAAACUCAUCAGCUCGAUGAAUGUUCAGCCACCCAAGGAAAAUGAGAUCGUCCUGCUGAGCGGAUUAACCUCGGCAAACCUUCAGGCUGACUAUGAAGUUCCCCAGUGUCCUUGGCUGGCAGAUGUCUGCCUGGUUCAGUGUGCCAGGGGGGACAGGAAGAACAGCACAAGCUGCAUCAUUUUCGAAAUAAACAAGUUCCUGAUUGGACUUGAGCUCGUUCAGGAGAGACAGCUGCAGACAGACACUCACAUCUUAAAGCCCGAGGAUGACACAAACUGCUCCGUGUCCUCCAUAGAAGAAGAUUUCCUGACAGCGUCUGAGCACCUUGAGGACGACAAUGAGGCCAAUGAAUAUAAACCUGGUCACGAAAAGUUAAGUGUGUCAGAAGCAUCUUCAGAUGCCAAAAAAAACAAAGGGAGGGGAUUUGAAAGCCUCCACUACAGAAAAGCCAGGCUGCCACUGAUUCCUGAAAGGAGCUGCAAUCCUAAAGAUAUUGCUGCUCCUACAGCCCCUGAAGCUGUUGUGGCUGAAGAUGGCAUCUUGCAACCUGAAGAUAAGUCAGACCAGGAAAUAGUGUUGCAGAAGGAAGUGGCUGGAAGAGCUACUUCAUCCUUUAGUACUAGUAAUUUGACUAGUUUGACUAAAUUGACUAGUGAGGUGGAAAAUUCCUGUUCAUCACAUGUGUUAGAAGAUGGAUCUUUAACCAGAAUGGAUAAAGAGAGGCUGGAGCCUCUGUGUGACACAGCAGUGGAAGACAGUGGGAAGACAGAGAGUGAGGACUGUGUAGACAUCAGUAAAAGUGGUCCUUGCUUGCAGAAAGAGACAGCAUCUACAGGUCAGUAUGCCACAAAUCUGGCAGAAUCUGUUCUGCAGGAUGCAUUCAUUAGACUGUCACAGUCUCAGCCCACUUUUAGCGAGGAGGCUGCAGUUAGCAUCUCCGUAGGAAGCUCCUGUAAGUCAGAGGAUAUAUCUGCUUCCCGAUCGUGGAAUGAACUUCCCAAGAUUGUCAUUGUGCAAAGUCCAGACAGUUCAGAGAAUGUGUCUGACUGGCCAGGGGCUGCCUUCCCCAGCCUGUGCCACUGGGCUGAGUCAGAAAGUUCUUCUGAAGUUUUGGAUUACUUGGAGGAAGAACAUUCAAGUGGGCAUGGGCAGAGCGCUCUGGAAGUGGCUCUAGCUUGUGCAGCCACUGUUAUUGGAACCAUUUCCAGUCCCCAGACUGCAGAAAGAUUCAGACGGGAUCAAGAAGCAACAGUCUCCAAAAGUGGAGCAGUUGAUAAUGAAGAGCUUCACACAACAUCAUCACAGCUGCUCAAUGACUGUGCUGGCACAGAAUAUUCAUUUCCAUCUGCACUGUGUGGCAUGACUCAGGUAGCAAGUGCUGUAGCUGUCUGUGGUCUGGGGGAAACAAAGCAAGAGAAGUACCCUGUGACUUCGAGUGGACUGCUAUCUGCCGCUCAGACAUCUGCAGCUGUCACACUGCACUGCAGCUUAGCAAUAGGAAGCAGCAUGGAGAAGCUAAACAGCAGCAUUGCAGAAGCACUUCUCAAGGAGGCAUCCAUCAUUCUGACAGCACCCCACACGUACAGAAAUGUAGGGCAUUUUAUGGAAUCCAUAAAUGGAAAAAUCAUUGAGACAGCAGCGAGGCCUCAGGUUCCACACAGAGGUGAGGCAAUCAGGGAUGAACUUGCACAGAACUUAUCCAAUAUUAUUCUACGGCAUUCCAUUGAAGAGGUGAGGAAGAGGAGACAGUUAUGCCCCCAUUCAGAAAAUGGCUCAAGUGCACAAGACAUUUUCAUGGAGACUGCAAAUGAGCUGCUUUUUAAUGUGAUAUAUUUCACUUGCAAGAAGAUGAACAACAUAAGACAGGUUGAAGAGUGUUCUCCUCUUUUCUCCAAAGAGACGAAAGCAGAAAAAGUAACACCACCAGAAGGAUGGUCAACGCAGGCCACAGCACAUGAAAGGUCACACAGCCCCCAUGAUCCUUCUGCUCUUGACCCAUUUGGUACAUCCUACAGCACCAGUGCUAGCAAAGAUCUGGGAAACAUCAUGGACACCAGUAACAGCAACAGAAAAGAUGUGAAUAGCAAGGAAAAUGACACACUGAAUUCAGAACCGAUGAGUAGAACCCCAGGGCACAACACACCCACUGCAAAAACAUCUCCCAAGAAAAGGUACCUGAAAAGAACCACAAGAGACUGUUACAAAUCCCCAGCCCAGAAUAACAAUAAUCAGAAGAAGGACAACAGGUCAUUUUCAGACAGAGAAAAUAGCUCUGCAAACAGUAGUGUUCAAGAAGAGCUAUCUUCCAGUGCCACCUUGAACCCAGAGAGUCAGGCCAAGCAGAAGAGCGAGGCAGUGCUAACCAAUGACAUCCAGGUUAGCCUGUCAUUACUAGGAAAUCAUGUCUUGCUUCCUUCCCAGCCCGUGCUGCAGGUGAAGAAUUCAAGGGACAAAUACUGUAUAACAGAUUUUGCAGAAGAACUGGCAGAAACAGUUGUCUCUAUGGCAACAGAAAUAGCAGCCAUUUGUCUGGAAAACUCCAAUGGGAAGCAGCCCUGGUUCUGUGCGUGGAAGAGAGGCGGCGAGUAUCUGGUGAGCCAGAGCCUAUCGUGCAGAAGCAUGAAGCGGAAGAAGGAACCCCACGCUAAUGGGUCGGUUGUUCGGAAGCACAGAGCGCCUCGCCUCAGUGAGAUCAAAAGAAAGACAGAUGAGCACCCCGAGCUGAAGGAGAGACUGAUGAAUCGGGUAGUAGACGAAUCUAUAAACCUCGAGGACGCACCAAAUUCAGUCAGCAUCUUUGCAGAUGAAGUGGCUGCCAAGAUCAUGAACCUCUCUGAGCUCUCUGUGGUGGACAGCAUCUGGCAGGGUCCAAACCACCCCAGAAACAGGCUGCAUUGUGACAGAUGGAGCCGAGCCAAGGCCUCGAGCUGCGAGAGCAUACCAGAGGAGGACUCGGAUUCGAAAGCUUCUUUCAAUACCUUAGGCCUAAUGAACACCUUGGGUCACUCUGUGAGCCAGACAAGUUCUGUCUCAAAGCAGUCAAGUUGUGAAAGCAUUACAGAUGAAUUUUCGAGGUUUAUGGUGAACCAGAUGGAAAAUGAAGGAAGAGGGUUUGAUUUAUUAUUGGAUUACUAUGCAGGAAAAAAUGCAAACAGCAUCUUAAAUUCUGCUCUGCAACAGGUAGCCAAGAAAAAUGGUCACCUUAAUGUAAGGCCAAGUUGCCCAUCCAAACAGUCCAGCACAGAAAGCAUCACUGAAGAGUUUUACAGGUAUAUGCUAAGAGAAAUAGAAAAGGAAAAUAAAGAGAACCAAUGCUCCCCUCGGAAUUCAAAGGACUGGUGUGGCAGCUUGCUUCUACCUUCUCUGCGAUCACCCUUCUGCUUUAGGCAGUCGUCAAUGCCUGACAGCAGGGCAUCAGGCUCUAGGCUAACAGUGAACGUGCCAGUGAAGGCAAAUUCAUUAGAUGGGUUUGCCCAGCACCACCAGGAUUCCUUAAGCGUGCAGCCAGUCAGUACCGUGGCCUCGGCAGGUCUUUGCAAGUCUGACUCGUGCCUGUACCAGAGGUGCAAGACUGACCAGAUAACAGACAUGUUGAUUCACGAGACAUGGGCGAGUUCUAUUGAGUCUCUCAUGCGCAAGAACAAAAUCAUAGCGGAUGAGGCUGAAGCUGCAGAGACAGAGCAUUUCCACAGUGACUCCCCACCUCAGGUGGAGCAGUAUGCAAACAGACUGGCUGCAAAUAUUGUCGAGAGUGGUAAAAGUUUAAUUGUUGUCCAGCAGGAUUCCUUUGAUUGUACAAGCCAAGAACAUGUGUCAGAAAGCAAACACCCCCAAAGCGCAACUCAGAGUCAGUCGAAACCCAGAGAGGAUGGAGGAAAUGUGGAGGAAAAAGAGCCUGUAAAGAUCCCUGUGGGUCAGCAUAGGGAAGUCCCUUUAAUUCAGAUAGAAACUGAUCAACGAGAUGAACCAGAAAAAGAUUCAGAGCCCAUAACUUCAUGUGGACCUUCUGGAAAGGAGCAUCAAAGGAAAGAAAAGCCUCCAGAAGCUUGUGAUGGGAAACACACAAUGUCCAGUUCCCUGCGAAACAGCAGCAGUCCACAAAGCAGAGCUGAUGUUGAAAUCCCAGGAGAGACAAAAACAGCUGAAGAAUUCCCAAACCACCUCAGCAGCAGUGAGGAGAGCACAGGCAGCUGGUCCCAGCUCGCUAAUGAUGAGGACAACCCCGACGACACCAGCAGCUACCUGCAGCUCAGUGAGCGAUCCCUGAGCAAUGGCAACAGCAGUACUACUAGCAGUCUUGGCAUUAUGGACCUGGAAAUUUAUCAGGAGAACGUGCCAUCUUCUCCUGUGAUUAAUGAAUUAGUGGAAGAAAAAGUUUUCCUUACAGAACAGACAGAAAAUACAGAGGAAAGCACUUCUGAGCUUUCAGUGGGCACAGCUAACUGUCAGAAGGACCUGCUGGUGAUAAACUUUGAUAUGGAACCAGACAGCCCCGAUGUGGAGCUACGAGCCACCCUGCAGUGGAUAGCUGCUUCUGAACUUGGAAUCCCAACCAUCUAUUUUAAGAAAUCUCAGGAAAACAGAAUUGAAAAGGUGAAAAUGCUUCCAGAUACUGCCAGUGAAAAUCAGCCUGCCUUGAUACCUCGUGACUAAAACUACUAUAACCUGGCUUGUGUUUGAAGAGAUGGAUCAAAACGGGAAUAAAAAUGGUCCACUGGAAGACAGAGAGAAACUGAAGAUUGGCUUAUGUUAGAGAAAUAAGAAUUUCUGCUCUCUAGAGAAAGCUGUACUAUCAGCCACAACAGUGGAGAUGGGCAAUCAAGAUGUGGAAACAACAGAAAUAUUCUGUGUGUUUUAAACCAGCCACAGUAUGCAAAUAUCUGCAAAUGAGAAUGGAUAAUUGUGGAAAUUUAUGGACAUCUGAUCCGUGGCAUUUUUAGGGCUCCAUGCAGGCAGCUCUGAACAACAAAACAUUCAACAAUUAUGAAAAAAAGGGAGUACAAUUAGAUGAGUUUGUGUUCGAUUAGUCACAGGACUAAUUCUGCUCUUCCAAUGCCCAGUGCUGCAGUCGCUUUGUGCACAGAACUCCGAGCCAGUAAGUACUGCCUGUGUGGAGGAUGCAAUAAUCAAACUCUAAACAGCAUUUAAAGAAAAAUGUACUUCAGUUCUCCAAACUUUGCUCCAGCAGUCAUUGAGAUAGAAAUCUGCAAAUCACAACAGCAUACCACAGCACUAUAAAAGCUUAAAGCCUAUAAACUGUCAUGAAAACGUUCCUCUGCAGGGUGCCUAACACAACACCAUCACCCAAUCAGCAGAGUUUAUGCACUCCUUUGAGAUUAUGUUCCAGUGCAACAGGAAAAAAUUAUCUAUUUGCAAACAAUGCAGACACAUGGAACAUUCUCUGGAGACUCAAGAACUCUCACUCCCACUCACCUCCUGUCUUAGUCUCUCAGAAGCACCUGACACUCAUGUUUCAUUUUACAAGCCUUAAAUGGAACUAAAACAUAAACCAAGACCUUCUCACAUACUUCUGUCUGCUCUUAAGUGAAAGAAUUAAUGCAGUACUGAUUGGAUUUGCCUGCCUCUAGUAUUUCCAAAUAAACAAGCUCAAAC